CUCCCCUCUCCCCACCCUCAGCCCUUCUCACCCGCGGCAGUCCGGAAGGUGAGGGGAAUGGAUUGGACUCCGGUAAGGAAAGCGCGUAUCUAGAAGUGGUGCUAAUGGGAAGAGAUUUCUGGCUUCCAAAGAGGAUGCUCUGCUACAAAGAGCGGCUGGCGCGCUGGCCUGGGCUCUAGCCAGAGGAGAGAUCCUGGGAGAACUCCGGAGCUCGCGGGGAGCGCUCCUGGAAGACCGAGGUCAACAUGCCUGUUCGCAGGGGGCAUGUGGCACCACAGAACACGUUUCUGGGGACCAUCAUACGGAAAUUUGAAGGGCAAAAUAAAAAAUUUAUCAUUGCAAAUGCCAGAGUGCAGAACUGUGCUAUCAUCUACUGCAACGAUGGGUUCUGCGAGAUGACUGGUUUCUCCAGGCCAGAUGUCAUGCAAAAGCCAUGCACCUGCGACUUUCUCCAUGGGCCCGAGACCAAGAGGCAUGAUGUUGCCCAAAUUGCCCAGGCGUUGCUGGGGUCAGAGGAGCGGAAAGUGGAGGUCACCUACUAUCACAAAAAUG